AUGUCAUUUUGCCCCUCCAGCCCUAAUAGGGGUCCAAGGGGAACCCCGUCAGAUCACCUGCAAAAGAAAGAAGGAGAUAGAGAGAAACUGGAGAGAAGUUCAGCCGGGAAGAUUAACAGACCACCGCCAAAAUCCAUCCUCAGACGAGACUCGUACAAGGAACGAGAGGCUAGCGAGGCCGACGCUCCGUCAAGACCCAAGAACACUUCGCGAGUGUUUUGGGAAGAGGUAGGCACGCAACAACUACUGGGACCAGAGUUGGUCCAGGUCACCAACUCAGCGGUGCAAAAAAUCAAGCAGAGAAUAGUCACCGCACAGAGUCGACAGAAAAUAUAUGAAGAUGUGCAUAGAAGGGACCUCAAAUUUGAGGUGGGUGACCACAUAUUCCUGAAGGUAGCCCCUAUGAGGGGGGUGUUGAGGUACAGAAAGAAAGGGAAAUUGAGCCCAAGGUUCAUAGGCCCCUUCGAGAUUCUAGAGAGAGUUGGGGCUAUGGCUUACAGAAUUGCCCUACCACCGAACCUUGCCGCCGUGCACAAUGUGUUCCACGUAUCCAUGCUGCGAAAGUAUACUCCAAACCCUACCCAUGUAAUCGAGCAUGAGAUGCUUCCUCUUCGAGAAGAUCUAUCUUACGAGGAGAAGCCUAGUAGAAUUUUGACUCGAGACACUAGGCGGUUGCGUAACAAAGAUAUUCCAUUGGUAAAGGUCUCAUGGGGUAACCGCCGUGAGGAAGAGGCCACCUGGGAACGAGAAAAGGAUGUGAGAAAAUCUUAUCCCGAACUCUUCCAAGAGAUAGCUACUUUCGGGAACGAAAGUUCUUGA